AUGGGAGUCUGCCUCUCCUGUCUGGGCCUGCGUGGUCACAACCAGGCUGACGCUGAUCGCCAACGACUCCUCUACGACGACUACCCUUCGACCCAACAUUACGGAACAUGGGGCGCCGGCCACACGAUCCCGCCCGAGAACCUCAUGUCCCCUGAAGAGAUCCAACUCGAACAAAGCGCGCUAGACAACAUCUCGCGAGGGCUCAGCGAUCACAUUGUCGAGAUAUUCCCUCAUACCCUGGCCGGCCGACCUCUCGGCAUGGCUGGCUCGCAACAGCUUGUCAACGGCAAUGGGGCCCCGGCCAGUCAUAUCAUCGGUGGCGAUCAGAACGGCACGGCGCACCCAUCUUCACAGCAUCACGAUAUCUUGCUGUCCCUCAUCCCGGGCGAUAAAUCGAAGCGCUCGAUACGGAUAUACCCGGCCUCACGACCGACGUCUAAAAGUGGCCAGUCGCUACGGAGCAAGAGUUCCAUGACUGGCGGGAUGAAUGGUACAAAUGGCAGGAAAAAGGAGGAUUCUUCGAUCCUGGUCACGCUGGAUGUGAAUCUGCCCUGA